CCUUCGGCCUGGGCACAAUGAACCCCAAGGGCUUCCUGAAAUCAAACUUUGGCUCAUACAAUGAAUGGCUCAGCUCAUUGUCUACAACACCCCAGACCCCAGAAAAUAAUUCCAAACGGACAUAACUAACAGAAGGGAUGAGGCCUCAGUGGAAGGCCGAAAGAGGGAGAGUGAACAGAGGAGAUGGAGUUGUAAGGGAUAGAUGAAUAGGACAGAUGCUGCAUCUUCUUACCUACAGAUCAAAGAUGGAUCAGCAAGAACCAGCUGCCUCUGAAGCAGGAAGAGGCCCUGAUGCCAUCAAGACUGGGACCCAAGGGUUGGAAUUCGUGCAGAAGAUGUUGGGGGAGAACACCUUCAGCACAGAUGCCCAGUGCCAGCAGUUCAGGCAUUUCCGCUGCCAGGAGGCGGUGGGCCCUCGAAAGGUUUGCAGCCGAUUCCACCUUCUUUGCCGUGAGUGGCUCAAGCCAGAGCGACACACAAAGAACCAGAUCCUAGACCUGGUGAUCCUGGAGCAGUUCCUGAUGAUCCUUCCACUGGAAAUGGCGAGCUGGGUGAGGGAAUGUGGAGUGGAGACCACUUCCCAGGCGGUGGCCCUGGCCGAAGGUUUCCUCCUGAGCCAGGCAGUGAAGAAUCAGGAAGAGCAGCAGGAAAACGGUCUGUUUGGAGGAAAAGGAACUAAUUUCUCCGAGGCAGAGAGGACUCCAUUGGAUACUAUGCAGAGGCCACUGGGUGAUGGAAUGAUGUCGGCAAGACCUACUAAACCUUCUCCUCUUUGCGGUGGUGGGGAAGCUGCUGGUGUCGCACCAGAUCAGGGUCUAGUGGUCUUUGAGGAUGUGGCUGUGUAUUUCACGGAAGAGGAGUGGGCCCUGCUGGCUCCUGACCAGAGAGCUCUGCACAAGGAAGUCAUGGAGGAGAAUUGUGGGAACCUGGCCUGUCUUGAAGGUGACAAAUGGGAAGCCAAGAAUAAAGGAGAAUUAUGUGGGAAAGAGACAUGGGAAAGAGACCGAUGUCGAAAGAGGGAAGAGCAGAGGAGGAAAACCGAAGCAGAAGAGACGAGGAGGGGUGAAUCCUCUCCUUCCCAGGACAGCGACUGCCAUGAGAUUUCAGUCCAAGAAAAAACAAACGAAAGAAACAAAACCGGAAAUUCUUUUGGUGGUUGGAAAAGUCUCAAUUUUACAAUAAACUGCAAAGCCCACAGCAGAAAUCCCAAAGGGGAGAAACCGUAUGAAUGCUUGGAAUGUGGAAAGAAGUUUCCUUCCCGUUCUAAACUUCCAACGUAUGAAAAAAAUUAUACUGGGGAGAAAUCAUUUCAAUGCUUAGAAUGUGAAAAGAGCUUCAGAGACAGUGCUCACCUCUCUUCCCACAAAAGAAUUCACACUGGGGAGAAACCAUAUAAAUGCCUGGAAUGUGGGAAAGGCUUCAGUCAAAAGGUAUCUCUCACUAAUCAUCAAGUAACUCAUACUAGGGAGACCCCAUAUAAAUGCAUGGAAUGCGGAAAGGGCUUUCCUUCCAGUUCUAAACUUGCUUUCCAUAAAAGAAUUCAUACUGGGGAAAAACCGUAUCAAUGUUUGGAAUGUGGAAAGAGCUUCAAUCACAAGACCUCUUUCACUUCGCAUCAAAGGAUACAUACAGGGGAGAAACCAUAUAAAUGCUUGGAGUGUGGAAAGAGCUUCAGAGCCAGCUCUCACCUUUAUUCCCACAAAAGAAUUCACACUAGGGAGAAACCAUACAAAUGCUCAGAGUGUGGAAAGGCCUUGAGCUGCAAGAAGACUUUCACGUCCCAUCAGAGAAUUCACACAAGAGAGAAACUGUUAAAUAAUGCUUCUUCAUCACGCGGGAGUGCCUUUGAGUUCAUUGGUGAGACCAAAUUCCCCAACACUACAUUGUCAGUACGUAUCAUCAUUGUCAUCAUCAACUAUUACCCACUCUGCACCCAGGGACAAGAUGGAAUGCUGGAGAACACCACCAGACACCUGCCAAGAUCAAGAAUGGAACAGCAAGAACCAGCUGCCUCUGAAGCAGGAAGAGGCCCUGAAGCCAUCAAGACUGGGACCCAAGGGCUGGAAUUGGUGCAGAAGAUGUUGAGGGAGAACACUCUCAGCUCAGAUGCCCAGUGCCAGCAGUUCAGGCAUUUCCAUUACAAGAAGGCAGUGGGCCCCCGUAAGGUUUGCAGCCGAUUCCACGUUCUUUGCCGUCAGUGGCUGAAGCCAGAGCGACACACUAAGAAACAGAUCCUGGACCUGGUGAUCCUGGAGCAGUUCCUGAUGAUCCUCCCACUGGAAAUGGCGAGCUGGGAAAACGGUCUGUUUGGAGGAAAAGGAACUAAUUUCUCCGAGGCAGAGAGGACUCCAUUGGACACUAUGCAGAGGCCGCUGGAAGGUGACAAAUGGGAAGCCAAGAAUAAAGGAGAAUUAUGUGGGAAAGAGACACGGGAAAGAGACAGAUGUCGAAAGAGGGAAGAGCAGAGGAGGAAAACUGAAGCAGAAGAGACGAGGAGGGGAAGAAGUCAUACUGGGGAGAAAUCAUUUCAGUGCUUAGAAUGUGAAAAAAGCUUCAGAGACAGUGCUCACCUCUCUUCCCACAAAAGAAUUCACACUGGGGAGAAACCAUAUAAAUGCCUGGAAUGUGGGAAAGGCUUCAGUCAAAAGGUAUCUCUCACUAAUCAUCAAGUAACUCAUACUAGGGAGACCCCAUAUAAAUGCAUGGAAUGCAGAAAGGGCUUUCCUUCCAGUUCUAAACUUGCUUUCCAUAAAAGAAUUCAUACUGGGGAAAAACCGUAUCAAUGUUUGGAAUGUGGAAAGAGCUUCAAUCACAAGACCUCUUUCACUUCGCAUCAAAGGAUACAUACAGGGGAGAAACCAUAUAAAUGCUUGGAGUGUGGAAAGAGCUUCAGAGCCAGUUCUCACCUUUAUUCCCACAAAAGAAUUCACACUAGGGAGAAACCAUACAAAUGUUCAGAGUGUGGAAAGGCCUUGAGCUGCAAGAAGACUUUCACGUCCCAUCAGAGAACUAAUAUCAACAAACGCCUACUUUUUUUAAUUAAAGAACUCUAUUCAAAUAACACGCUUAAAAUCAGAGUUGGUAAUAAUCUGACCGACCCAAUAGCAGUAAGAAGAGGUGUCAGGCAAGGGUGCCUUUUGGCGCCUAUUCUAUUUAACAUCUACUUGAAUGAUAUAGUACGUGAGUUAGAAGGAUUAAAAAUUUUUCCACCGUCUGCAGGCAGUAGAAAGAUUUCUACUCUUUUAUAUGCAGAUGACAUGAUCCUCCUUUCCCUUACUCCCAUAGGUUUGAGAAGGCUAUUGACAAAGUUAGACUCCUACUGUAAGAAUGAGGGUCUACAAAUUAAUUAUAGGAAAACAAAAAUAAUGGUAUUCGGUAACAGAUACCAAAAGCACAAAUGGUCUAUUGGAAAACAUCCAAUAGAACAAUGUCGCUCUUUCAAGUAUCUUGGAAUCUAUUUCCAAGAUACCUUAGCUUGGAAAACCCACAUAGCAGCCAUUAACUCUCGGCUGUUAAAGCGACAGGUUCAAUAUUAAAAUUUUAUAGGACUGCGGGGGGACACUUGGUAGCACCUGCACUAAAAAAUUUUCAAAGCAAGAUUUUAGCUCAGAUUACCUAUGGAGCGGCAAUUUGGGGUUGGUCAGUAUCCUCUUAUUCUUCGCUAGAAACCAUCCAAAACACCUUUUUUAGACGCCUUUUACACCUUCCUCCGGGGACCCCGGCAGCGUUUAUGAGAGCCGAAACUGGCUCAAUCCCAGUUAGUGCUCGCAUUCAUGAGUCCUUUCUCAGAUAUUGGACAACCUUGGCAAACUCGUCAGUAAAGAUAUUGGCCAGGAUUUGCUUUGAGGAGGCAGUAGCAAAUAAUAACUGGAAUUCUAAAUUUCGGAUGGUUCUCGCACACUAUCAUAUCCCCAUUUAUUCAGUAUCUGCGUUACUCAGGUACAACAUACAUGAUCAUAUAGUGAAACAUUGUGUUUGGCUUGAUGGUUUGUUAAUCUCAAAUUCCAAAUUUUCUAGAUGGUAUAAUUUAUUCAAAUGUGACCAUAAUAUGGCUAAUUAUUUAAAAUAUCAACUCCCGGAACACUUAAGAUACUCAUUUACAGCUCUGAGAUUUCAAACUAUGCCAACAGCAAUGUUAACUGGGCGUUAUCAUCAAACUCCUAUUGAACAGCGACUAUGUAUAUGUCAAAUGGGGAAAGUGGAAGACCUACCUCAUUAUCUAUUUGAAUGUCCAAUUUUCUCCAAUCCAAGAACCGAAUUCCUUGAUAUUUUAAUAAACCGCCAAGGUUCCGGAUCCGAUGACUAUCUAAUUUCAUUUCUCCUAGGAGAUAAUGUUUAUUGGAUAUCCUAUUAUAUGGCUCGUUUUGCCUAUGCUGCCCAAAAAUUGAGGGCCAAACACCUAAUUACCCAGGGUUCUUUUACAACUUAAGGCAGAUAGGUUUAAGGUUUUAUAUGUUUUGUAUAUUGAACUCACCUAUUUUACUAUUGUAUGUGUUUUAACUUUGUAUGUAUGUUGCGAUGGCCAAAGGCUUGCAAUAAAGUGAUGAUGAUGAUGAGUCUGGUGUCCCAGAUACAAGGUGCAGGCCCAUUUAAGCAGGAAAUUGGUCCAGGUAAAGGCAAGUGUUUAAAAAUGAAAUAGUGUUAGCCAUAGUGGAGAAACACUUAACUGGAAGUGGACAGCAACUGUCGAACAGGAUGGUUUUUUGUAUCUUAAACAGAUGAAGCGGUCCAACUAUGAACCUGUGUGAUGGUGUGGAAGUUCUUAGAAGAAACAGCCCCCCUUACAUUUGCUCUGUGAAAGAACCUCUAAAUGCAGAGAAAGUAACAUGACAGCCAGUGUGGUGUGCUGUACAACAGGAUUGCACAGUUGAUUAUUUUGAAUCUUUUCCCUCUUUAUAUUUUCCUCUUGAAAAUCUGAUAUAUAAAUAUGUGUGUGUGUAAAAUUAGAAUAAAACCUGGAAAUAAGCAGAAAUAAAAUAAUACCGCAUAUAUCAAGA